GGCGGUCACACUAUUGGCCUCCCUCCCCACUUCCUUGCAAGGACAACACAAUUAGACGGCGGACACAUACACUUUUUUCCCCAGUUUUGUGCCCGCCAGCUAACCCAGUCUCGUCCCCCAAACUGACUGGUGAAGUCACCAGCAUCCGUUAGCCUCUCGAUUUCACGAUGCUCCGUAGGCGCCGCGGCGAUUAGAUGCCGCCAAAGAAGCAGCAGCCAGACGUCCGUAGCCCCAGCCGAAAAUGAACAAUUUGGAUCACGUCAAGCACUUCUACCCAGACAACUACAAAUUGGAUCUGUCCGAGACGAUGAAGGCGGCUCUGUCCAAGGGACCCGGCGGCAGUGGAGGCGUGGCGGGCGCAGAGCUGCUGCCGCAGCCGAACGCCGGAAUGCCGGGCGUGGGCUAUGUGACGGAGAAGCUGUACAUGCUCUUGCAGCUAUAUCUGCAGAACAAGGGCUGGAAUCCGAGCGCCGAGCUGCUGCAGUGCUUCAGCGAUCUCAAGGACAACGCCAUGCUACCCAGCGCCGCCUAUCUGCAGGUCCUGGCCAACCGCUUGACCCUGGACUCCCAGGGUCGGCUCAUUCUGCGGGACAACGGCAAGAUAGUGCUGCCCUUCGAGCACUUCGCCAACGCUGUAAUGCUGAAGCACAUGUCCGGACCCCAUGGUCUCCACCUGAGCGUGGAUGCCACGGUGCGGGCCGUUAUCGAGUCCUACACCAUCGGCCGGGACCAGUUCGGCAUGGAGAAGGAGUUCAUCAUCGAGGUGGUGCAGUCAUGCCCCAGUCCCGCCUGCCGCUACUACAAGAACCACAUGGGCAUCUCGCCCAUGCCGUUCAUGGAGCAGCAGUAUCCAGGCGUCAGCACGCCCGAGUUCCUGCAGCGUCUGCCCCACCUGCCGCCCAGUGGAACGGCUGGAGCCGGUCCAGGCAGCUCGGCUGCAGGCUCUGCUUCGAGCGUCGCCAGCAGCUCUAGCUCGGGUAACGUGGAGAUCGACCUUUCCAAGUCGACGGGCGCCAAGGUGCCGCAGGUGCCAGUUCCCCCGCAAUUGCAGCAUCUCACCAAGCAGCAACAGAACAGUAUCCAGACUCAGUUGUCCCAGAUUAGCGCCGCCGCUGCCCACCACCAACAGCAGCAGCAGCAACAACAACAGCAGCAGCAGCAGCAGCAACAACAGCAACAACAAGCCCAGGCGCAGGCCAAGCACCAGCAACAGCAGCUGACUGCCGCAUUAAUCCAACAGCAGAACCGCGUCCUCGCCCAGCAAAGCCUCGAAAAGCUCAGCAAUCUCAGCCCACUGGAGAAGCAACGUGUCUUUGCCCAGCUGGACCCCAAACACUUCGAUCCCAUGGCUGUGGCGGCAGCGGCCGCCAACCUGCAGAUCCAAGGUCUGAUGCAGUCGCAGGCAGUGGCAGCCGCAGUGGCCGCAAACCAGCAGCCAACGGCUGCCACCAGCACAGCCUCGGCAGGGAGCUCGGGAGGCGUUCCGCAAGCCCACGGUCAUGGUCAUCAUGCGCUGCCACCGCCCUCGCAGUCGCCGCACUCAUCGUCCUCGUCUUCCUCACAUUCCUCGCUGGAUCAGAUUUCCCACAAGAACGUGACCGACUCGUUGCGCUCCAAUCUGGAUUCGAUAGAGUCUAACAAAGAUCUACUGGCGCUGCACAAUGGAGCUUGGGCCACUGGCGAUGCUAACCGCAUUGAUCACACGGCCGUGGGCCAGGACAAAAUUGUGCGGAUCUUUGCGGAGCUAAUGCGGAACAUGUCGCGGAUGAAGACCUACAUACGUCCCUCGAUGUGCAAGCCCUAUGGCAAGCAGAGCGAGAGUCUGCAGAAGACCCUCAUGGACACCAUUCAGAUCGUGCAGACGCUGCGCAACUGCUUGCCCGCACCCCACAUACCCGUCUCCUCGUGGAAGAGCGAGAGCGAGGGCAAUGUGGGAUCAGGAGUGGGAGUCGGCGUUGGAGUGGGAGUUGGUGUUCCACCAGGACUCAACCUGAGCGCUGCAUUAGGUCUGCCGUCGGGCAGAGUGGACAAUAUGCACUAGGCUGCAAUAUCUCCUUGCAGAUUCUUCCACAAGUUCGAAAACACUUGGUACUCACACACAGACAGACACACAUAUAGAUGAUAACAAUGAUAGCAGUUCACCCUCGUAGGCUUGGCUCCAGUUUUCCUUUUAGCAAUUAUGUAUGUGCCACGCUCGACGCAAGAGCAAGACUUGAUUUUCUUCACAUUUGACUGACAAUUAGGUAUAUGCAUAUGUAUGUAUUGGAUCCUGCGGCUGGAUCCGUCCGAUUUAAUUCUCGCUCACCACUCUGUGUUUCCCGAUUCGGCAUGCAACAAAAUUAACAAGCAAAACGGCAAAUUAGUUAAACAAUUGGCAAAACGUCUGUGAUAUUUAAAUUAUGUUGGCAAACGGAAAGCAAAACUAAAUUUAAUUUAUUAUUUCGUGUGUGCCCUCUUACGAUUACUUUGUGCAAUAUCUAUCCACUAAGCAUUUAUAUCUAUUAUUUAGCCUUUAGCCAUUCUCGUGCAAUCGACGACUUCUCGCCCAUAUCAAAUCGAAUAUAGCCUAUACAUAAACUAACCUAACUAACUGAUAAUCGACAUGAUAGACGCAUAAGAUUUACAUUAUAUUUUGCAUUGGAGGACUCCUGAACGGGAAGUUUGAUUGCAAAUGGAACGGAAAACGAGUUGUGUUUAAAUUUAAGAAUCAGAAGAAGAAGGGUUGUAUUCCUCCGCAUGCAAAGGCUACUUAAAUAUAUAUAUUUUAUCCCGCCCGAGCUCACCAUUAAAAGUAAUUCGAUUAACGACAAGCAAACAGUAUUAUACGCAAUAAUAAAAGACACUUA